CGUACAGUCUCCAACCCAUCCAUCGUAAAAAUGGCUGCCUCGGCGGCAGCAGCGGGUUCUUCCCCCGGGUUGUGCCCAAGCUUCGCCGUGAUCUGCUCUUUUUUAGAGCGUUAUGGAGCUUUGUUAGAUCUUCCGGAGCUGACGUUCCCGCAGCUGGAGCGCUAUCUGCAGGAAACGGCUACAGUUCCUAAGCUGCUGGUAGACCUUCAUGUGAAGCUGCUCCGGAAAAUAGGCAAGUCUGUUUCUGCAGACCGAUGGGAGAAAUAUCUGGUCAAGGUCUGCCAGGAGUUCAACACCACCUGGGCAUGGGAACUGGAAAAGAAGGGAUAUCGUGAGAUGACUGUGGAGUGUAAAACUGGAAUACUUAAGUACUUGUGUGAAUGCCAAUUCGAUGACAAUGUCAAGUUCAAGAUUGCCAUCAAUGAAGAAGACCCUGAUAAAAUGCGCCUCCAGCCCAUCGGCAGAGACAAAGAUGGUCUCAUGUAUUGGUUCCAGCUUGACCAGGAUCACAAUGUGAGGGUGUAUGUGGAGGAGCAGGACGAUUUAGAUGGCUCGUCCUGGAAAUGUAUUGUUAGAAACAGAAAUGAUCUGGCACAGAUCCUUGAACUCCUAAAGACCCAGAUUGAUCCCUCCUUACUGGUCAAAAAGGAUCAGGAGGAAGGUUCAUCUAGUAACAGCCCGAACCCAGACACUGCAGAAAACAAGGAGAAAAAGGACGAUGCAGAACCUAAGAAAGACAAGGACCUGGAUGAAGAGAAGUCCCCAAAAACUGAAAAUGAUGACAUGGAAAUUGACAGUGUAAAGCACGAAAAUGCCGAAGGAAAAGACGCACUAACGGAAAAGGACACUAAAGAAGAUGUCAAAUCUGACAAACCAGUUGUAGUCGAGGGAACCAUUACCAAAGCGGUGAAAGAGGAGGUCAUGGAAGAUGAAUCAAUCAACAAUAUCUCAGAAAAGAAUGGUGGAGCAUUGCCUUCAGAACACACAGAGGAGGUGAAAAUACAAAAAAAAGAUAUGAAAAAUGACCAACAAGCUAAGAUCCCUCUGAAAAAGCGUGAAAUGAAAGAUUUUGAUGCCACCAAUUGCGCAAGCGGAGGCAGCAGUAUCAUCGUCCGUAACCCAGCUGUAAAAGAAGUGCAGAGCACGGGUGGAGAAAACGGAUUGAGCACUGAGAAUCUAAACGGGAAUGCCUCGCCUGUUGUAGCAAUGGAGGGUGACGGUCGGGAGAGUGACACCUUGCAGAUAAAGCAAAAAGAUCUGCAAGCUGUUUCUAAAGAUCAGCAAGCAGAUGCUGAAGUCAAGGAAACAGAAAAGCAGCGUUCUGACACAAAACAAGAAGAAGGACAUGAAGAAAAGCAGAAAAAAGAAGCAGCAAUAAUGUGUAAAAGGCAGACUAGCACGGAGGAAUCCAUGGAAGUGGAGAAAACUGCUGUGUCGAAGGAAGAAGAGGCAGCUCAAACAACUGAAACGUCACAAGAAUCUGUAGGGAUUCAUUCGCAUGCGGGAAUUGAUAAGGAUUCUGAUGAGGCAGCCAAGAUGGAAGUUGCAGAGGAAUGUUUAAAAUCUCUUGAUGAGGAAGCAUCUGAGAAGUCAAGUGUGACAAAAGCCACUGACCAAGCUGAAAAUGAGAAGAAGCCAGAAACGUUAAAAGAAAGUCCCUGUCCAAAUGAGAGCGAAAUGGAUCACAAGGGAGAGGACGCAAAGGAUGCCGCAAAGGAUGCCGCACCACAGAUGGAGACUCCCAUGGAGACUGAGACAUCUGCAUCAAAAGACUCCACAAAACAGCAAAGCACUGCAGACAGACCUUGUACACCUGAAGAAACCAAAAAUUCUCUUAAUGAAACAUCUUCUACAACUCUAGAGGACUGUGCCUUACUGGAAGGUGAUAAAAAGCCUGGAUCGGGUUCCCCAAAGCAGACAGAGAACCAGGAGCUACCUAGACAGCAUGAAACCCCAGUUAAGGAAAGCAAUGAAUCCGCCCCUUUAAAUAGCGUAAGGAAACUGAGUGAAGAUUUAGAUGUUACCAAGGAGAAGGAAAAGCCAUCUUCGCCAAAAGAAAAGACUGAAGACUGUGUAAAAUCAACUGUGUGUGAAGAGAAAAAUACAGAGUCCACAGCCAAAGAAUCUCAGGACAGGAUUUUGGAUACUACCACCGUGCCAGCUUCAGAAGGAGACGAUUCUGUAACCAACCAAAAAGAAUCAGAGGAUCAGAAGAAACAGGAUGCUCUUGAAAAGACCAAGAACCUUCCAUGUCAUGCAGUAUCCAAAAAAGAGGAAGUAGUGAAUGAGGAUGGGAAAACGGACGUUACUUUAGCAGACACCAAGGAUGACAAAGAUAAUGAGGAGACAAAACAGAACGUGUCAGUUGACAAAGAUCCUCCUGAUGCGGUGUCCAAGGAUUGUGAUGCCGAACUUCAAAAGGAGAAAGGUGUGCUUCCUGUUCAGGAGAGCAGCAAGGCUUCUAUAGAAGACUCCAACGAGGACCAGAAAGAAAACAGUGAACAAAAGAGUACUUUGGAGAAGGAGGUAAGCCUCAGCAGCGAAUCGACAGACUCCCAGAAUCAAGCAAUUGAAAAGGAGAAGACGAGUAAAGGAGAAGCAGACGAGAGCAAAGCAGCUUCUGAGGUACCGCAAGAAGCAAUCCGUCUGAAAAUCAAGGUCCCGGCUCACAGACGCAGAACAGAGCUGCAACGGGAAGAAGGAAAAGGUGACUCAGAGUCUGAAGCAAGCGAAGGGAGAUGUUUAAGACGCUCGCCGAGGAUUUGCAGACCAACAGCCAAGCUAGCAGAAAUCCAAGACCGGAAGGUGGAAAAGAAACCGGUCGCUCCUUCAGUCGAGAAGGAAAAGGAGAAGGAGAAGGAGAAAGAGGACAACGAAGAAAAGGAGGGAGAAGAAAACGUAGUGCAAAAAAAGACGAGAGAGAAAAAGGUUGAUCAAGACGGCCAAGCUAAACCAAAGGGGAGACGCCAAAGGCGGGUCCGAUGGUCCAGAGUUCGGUCACGACGCAAAAAGAAAGGCUCGGAAGAAGACGAGGACGAUGAGGAGGAGAGUUCGAGUGAGGCUGAGGAAACCGAGGAAGAUGACAGCGAUGAGGAUUACCAGGUGGAGAAAAAAAAGAGAAGGAGGAACCGCAACAAGGAGAGGAACAGCUCUGAUACUUCUACCUCGUCUUCAGAUGACCUUCCACCAAACGAUGACCCCUGCAAACACUGUGGCCUGCCUAACCACCCUGAGCUGAUUCUGCUGUGUGACUCGUGUGACAGCGGGUAUCACACGGCGUGUCUCCGGCCUCCUCUCAUGAUCAUCCCUGAUGGCGAAUGGUUCUGUCCACCGUGCCAGCAUAAACUGCUUUGUGACAAGCUGGAAGAACAGCUACAGAAUCUAGAUGUGGCACUUAAAAAGAAAGAGCGUGCGGAGCGAAGGAAAGAGCGUCUGGUCUAUGUUGGAAUCAGCGUCGAGAACAUAAUCACGCCGACUGUUGAAACACAGGAAGAGAAACCAGAAGAGGUGGUAAAAGAGAAGAAGGAGGUCAAGAAGAACAAGUCCUGCGGCAGAAGAUCAACCAGGGCUAAAAAAUAUAUAAGCUACAGGUUUGACGAGUUCGAUGAAGCUAUCGAGGAGGCGAUUGAAGAGGAUAUCAAAGAGGCUGAAGGAGGAGGAGCAGGCCGUGGUAAGGACAUGGCGAAUAUCACAGGCCACCGAGGAAAGGACAUUUCCACCAUUUUGCAAGAAGAAGGGAAGGAAAAUGGAAAGCCCAAGCGCGCAAGUGCUGGACAGCGCAGGAAAAAACGGCGGCGUCUGAACGACCUGGACAGCGACAGCACCGUGGAUGAAGAGGAGAGCGAGGAAGAGUUCCGCCUUAGCGACAGCAGUGAGGAGGAAGAGUUUGUGGCGUCGGAUAACGAUGUGGACAGUGAGGGAGAACCGCAGUCAUUCGACGACAGCGACUUUGGCAGUGACGGCCAAGGACCGAUGACGGGCUUUUCGUCCAGACGGAAGUCGAGUACGCGGUGGAGCAUGCGACCUCGCAGGCGACGCAGACCCAAAGGAUACUCGGAUGAUGAGGAGCUUGAGGAGACUGAUGAAGAGGAGGAAGAACAAAUUGUGACUGAGGGUUCCAGUGAGUUUAGUGACAGUGACCUGGACAUGCGCAGGCGCCGUUCCCACCGGAGCCAGAAAAAGCAGGUAAACUACUGCGAGGCGUCUGAAUCAGAUGGCUCCCAGGGAAGCACCAACAGGGACAAGGCCAAGAAGCGCAGACGCUUAUCAAGCUCCGAGAGUGAUGCAAGCUUCCGCUCUAUGGACUCGGACGAAGAAGACGGAAAGGGUAAAAAGCUGACAGUCCUGUCAGAAAUGGAGUCUCGCAUACGGCGCAGACGUCUUUCGCUGAAGCGCAGGAGGGAGUCUGAGGACGAUGACAACAGCAGCGAUUCUGAUGAUUCGGAGGAAGAGGAACGGCCUGUCCGUAAGCGGGUGAACCGGAUCGAUUCGGAUGACAGCGAUGAAGAGGAAAAGGAGAAGAAGAGCACAGAGAAGGAGGCAGAGGACACCGUAGCGAAAGGCAUCGGCCAUCUAGACUAUAACAUGGAACUUCCUCCUACUAAUGGACAGAGCCCCAUGAAAACUCUGGAGGGUUUGAUCUCACGGCCUGCCACUGGCAUGGCUAACCCCGCUCUCGUGAGUCAAACAGGGCUAAAAAACAGCAGCGCGCCACAGCCCGUGUCGAUCGGCGCAAAUGGCAUAGCUCCCCAGGAGAUGGCGCCGCAGGAUGAGGAUGAGGAUGACCUUUUGGGGGUCACAGACCUUGUAGACUAUGUUUGCAACAGUGAACAGUUGUAAGACACAAGAUUUUACUAUUGAACCCACCCCCCACCACUCAAGUAAUUUUGUUUGUCCAUUUGAGGCCACAUUUCUCACUUAUAUCCUUUAAUGUUUUUGCAUUUGUAUCAUUGCCAUGCUCCACACAGGGGUCCUUGGCUCAGUGUUCUGCAAAAAACAGCGAUGAUCCUGGGGAUGUAGUGAGCAGGGUACCGGAGUCCUGAGACUCCAUUUUGCUCGCUCCUUCACUCCGUCUAAGCUACUGCGCGACAGGUCAUCCUAUCGGCCUUCUUGUUAUUCGCAAGUCGAUAGAAGCACCUAAAUGCAGGUUGUAAAUAAAUUCACCAGACGCAGUUGUCGUCAGUGGGGCCCAUCGUUAAAAGAUUCCCUAAGACGGUUUUAUUUUUUUAACUUUUGCGAGUAAUGUACCAAGCCUUCGGGAAAAGAGAACCUUUCAAUCCGAUAUUUUACACUAACCUAGCCAUUCCUUUUCAGAAAAUCAGUACCAUCGAUGUAUUCUUUCAUUUCUUUGUCGUCAAAAAGUACCCACGUGUUUAUUUUUAUUUUUUUUCCAGCAUUAUGGAUAUUUUUGAGGGGGCGGGAGGGGGAGCGUUUUGGGAAAUCGGAGACAUAAAGGCAUAACAAAGCCAAGGUCUAGACAUGGUUACCAGCUUUUCAUAAAACCAUAUCUCUGACUGUUAAGAAAUCUUUGUAUUUUUAUGCCCUUUUUUUAUAUAUAUAUAGAACAUAUUGGUUGUUUAAGGAACCCGAUUAAAGCCUAAGUUUAGUUAUGUUAUACUAUUUAUUCUUUAAAAUUGUUAUUUAACUAAUUGCAGUUCAAUCAUCUAUGGAUUCAUGAGGGCAACAAGUCUGAAUUCUUGGAAAUUCACAAUAUGAAAAGCAGUUCCGAGGAAGGAUUUGGAUGUGGGACAUAUUUUGUUUAAAGAAAAAUACUCCAUUAUUUGGUCUUGUAGUAUAUUAUUUUUUUAUCAUUAUGUGGUUUCGUUCCCCGUAUUUUUUAUAGAAAUGAAAUGAUCAAACACUAAGGCAGCUCGUCUGUGCAUCGAAUGCCAAAUUAAAAGUGUCACUUGUGAUCCGUAUCACUAUGUACACGUAUAAAACUUGGACUGUUUAGAACAAACCCUUUCGUUUUCUUUUUGUUUUAAUGGCAUUUUCUUAAGAACGGUCCAGAUUCAUCCCUCUAAAGAAAGUGUCAUGUCGUUUAUGUAUUAUCUGUGGAUUCCAUACAAGUUAUAUUCAUCUCCAUUUUAAUACAAGUAUUUAAUAAAAAAGGGUCUUUUCACUGGUGUUUUGUUUCUAAAUGUCAGAAGUUUCAUCACAUCUCCUCUCAACGCCUGUUCUGUUCCAGUUUUGCUCGUAUCCUAAACUAUGUAUUAACAUGUUUUUUUCUAUAUAUAUAUAUAAAACUAUAUACAGACUAUUACUGUUUUUUUUUUUUUUCUUCAAUACCUGAGCAAUAUAUUUUUCUUCUUAACAAAAUGUAUGGAGAUUUUCACUGUCCACAAAGCUACUGUUAUGAUCGUUUGCCUACGUUUGCGGGCUGGGAAAGUCCCUCGCUGCAGUGGCGUUAAAAUGAGUCUAACACUAUGUCGACUACCUUGCAAUCGAAGCCUUCCUGAUUUUCUAGCACAGAGUAGAUUGUUGAAAAAAAAAAAUACAUGGAUAAAAAUGGAUUCCAACGUUGGCAGGAACAGACUUGUACGUAUAUUGUUGGAGCCGGUGGAAAUAAGUAAAGGACAUAUGAAAUGCAAAAUAUUACCCUUGCGUGUACUAUAUCUGUAGUUUUUGCUGUAACAUAGUUAGAAGCAUUUUUAAAAUCAUCUGAAUGAUAUAUAUUAAGCAGUCCUUUGUGAUUGCACCUGUUUAUAGUUUCUGUUUUUGUAGUCAGUUGUGUAACUUUUGUACAAUUUUGAAGUGUCUCAAGUGAAUUACCGCAUGUUCGUUCUGUCUGAUGUUUUAUUUUAUUAUUAUUUUUUAUUUUUUUUUGCUUAGGAUGUGUUCCUCAAAGCUGGAUUCCUGGGUUGAACUCAUUGUUGUCUGUCAUAACCCGAAAUCUCACAUUCGUCACCCCUUUUCUGCAUUCUUCAUUACUGGUACAGUUUAGUUCACUGCUUGCUGGAACUUUGUACAUAUGUAAUCUGUUCUUCAUGGGAAUCCUGCAAGUAUGUGACCUGUUAACAGCUGGGCUCACACAGAAAGGGUGGUUAUGCGAUGAAGAGAUUUUGUAAAAUGUCUUGUAAAAUAACGUGUAAGCUUGGCAUGCUUAUCUCCUAAUCGCAUUUUGUCUUUCGUCUCCAUUUUCUUUGUGCACUGCAUGAGACGCGUAGGCCCUCGAUUAGUUUGGUUUGACAUGCAGUGCUUGAGUAAGGUAAGAGCCCAGGUCCCGCUGUGCUCCCUCAGAAGUAUUUGGAUAUUGAAGAAGUCAUUUGCAUUUUAUAUAUCUGAAGUAAAGACAUAUUUGUCCCCACUUUUGUUUUUUAAAAGCGUAAAUGAAAGAUUUAACCAUAGAAGAAAAUUUGUGCCAAUAAACUGUCUUUAAUUUGGUUGUAGUUUGUGGCCUGGACAGAUGUGCACAUGGAUUAUGGUCCAGGUCUUAGCUUUUAAAUACGUCCUCUGUCUCUGUUCAACUUUUUUUGUUAACUGUAUUGUAAUUGCUUUCAUAUAAAUACGAUCUUGUACAUUUGUCAUAAUAAAAGGGUACUGCACCUUCA